UAUUUCUUUUUUUCUUUUUAUCAUAGAGUUAUUUUCAAAACGUUCUUACAGAACCGGUUAAAGAUCUUUUCUUGAUUGCGUUUUGCCAUCGUUCGAGUCUUCUGCUGAUUCGUGACUAGUGCCCCAACCUUACACGCGUAUCGUACAAAGAGGAGAUGGCCUGGAUGCCUUUUUUCGUCAUGUACCGUUAUUGUAGAAGAAGAACUUAGGUUCUGCGAACACGAAGCUAACGCUUAUUUCUCUUGUGUCCCUUCACGAGCGUCUGAUCGAAACGUUUUACCGAGGAGCUUUGAAUUCAUUAUGAAUGACAUAUCUUCGUUCUUUUAACGUGUUUGUAUUUGUAGAAAUUAAUUGAUUCCACUAAGUAUAAUUCGUUCGGUUUGCGAAAUUGGUUCUAUCGUUUAUAACGUAUUUCUAUUGCACGUGUUUCUCGAGUCAAGGACGAGAAUCGACUUUGAACUACGUCAGGAACGUGUUGUGCUUCCUUUUUUUUCUUCUUCUUCUAUUUCUUAUCAUCGAAAGCGAUUAACGUGAGCCAAAUAUAAAAAAAUGAAAGUGACAAUGACGUUAUCCGCUUUAAUAUUGAUAUGUUUGAGCAUCGUUCAGAUCGAAUGUCGAUCUAACAAUAAGAAAACGAAGCAAUUGUCGUUACAAAGUAAAGAAACCAAUCCGGCAAAUUUCAUAAGAUUGCUCGUGAUGAGACUCGUUUUUGGUGUAGCAACGUCGAUGGGAUUAGGUGAAAAUAUUUCUGGUGUUCUUGGAGGAAUAUUUGUGCCUCCUGGCGCGGAAGAUUAUGCCGAUUAUGCUGACGAUGAUCUGAUACCUGAUCUAUUCUAAGGAUUAUAUGAAUUUGAAAUGAUCUGCACUUUAACUGAAGAUAUAUGUAUAAUACAUUUUUUAUUUAAUUA